AUGAAGACUCUUAAGCUGGUCCCAGAUCGAAAGCCGGCAUUCUUGGUGAACCUGGAAUAUUGCAAUAAGCCAAUUGGUUGCCAGAAGUGUAGGGUGUUUGGGCAUCAGUGUGAGAAUUCAGGGGGUGAGGGGGAAGGGGAUCAGGGAAUUCAGGGGAAUAUAGAGAUUGGAGGUGUAGAGGCUGUUGCUGGAAGUGCUGGGCAGCUGAUUCUGGACUCUAUUCUUGCUUUGAAGGGGUGUGUGCUGUGGAGUUGCCUACUGAGAGUGAGCUUCAGAGCUAUGGUAGGGCAACCAAGCUCUCCCUCUACAGGGGAGGGUCCUAUCACCCUUCGAUUGUGA